AGAAUGCAAUGACAUGACAGGAGUGAAGAUUGAAGAUCUGAAGAAGAUAAACCAGGAGCUAAGGCAACAUGUUGUACAACUGCUUGAUAAGAACCAACUAGUGGAAAGUCGAGUGGAUAGACUCACCCAUAGAAAUAAUCAUCUGUGUAAACAACUUGCUGUAAUUGAUGAACUCUCUAAGCAGCUGGGAAAAGAAUUGCUAUUGAGUACAGCUGAUAAGGAACUUAAGGAAGCAAAGGUGCAAAUUCGACAACAGCAGAAUAAGAUAAAGAAACUGGAAUAUAUGGUGAAAACACUAAAAUCUGUUAUUUUGCAAACAGAAGAUGAAAUAAAGCAAGGGAAGUCACCUUCAAGGCUUGAUGCCUUUAUUAAGACACUGGAAGAUGACAGAGACUACUAUAAAAGUGAAACUGAGAAUUUGCUGAAGUUAUUUAGAAAUGCAUUUUCAUGUCCUAAGAUAACCUGUACUUGUGGCAGCAUGUCUAAGAAGCUUUCAUCUAUUAAGGGAGCGAUCUCUGAUCCAGAAGUUCUGAAAGUAAUGAGAGAACGUGAAGACCUUAAGUCAACAGUGAAAAAAUAUGAGCGCCAUGUGGCAGAAAUGCAGGGCAACCUCAAAGUUUUAACAGCUGAGAGAGACAAAAUUGUCAGUCUUUAUGAACGGGCACAGGAAGAGAUUUCUCGACUUCGUCAGGAAGUUAUCAAAUGCCUCAGGACUCCUAAAAGUACAGUGACAGCUCAGGCUACGUUAAGACGUGUGGAGAUAGAAAGGGAUACAGCACUGUCAGAUUUCCAGAGGAUGACUACAGAACGUGAUAGCCUCAGGGAGCAGUUAAAGAUUUCUCAAGAGACUGCGUUUAAUGAAAAAGCUCAUUUGGAACAGAGGAUUGAAGAGCUAGAAACUACUAUUCAAAAUUUAGAAAGUGAACGAUUAGAACAGAUGACCAAAGCAGCACUAAUGAAAGAUACCAUUGAUUCUCUGGAAACGGAGACAAAAAGAUUGGCAAGAAGAGCUCUGGAUUCUGAAACUGAGCGGAGCCGACAGGAAGCUGAAUAUGCUUCACUUAGGUUAUUGAAUGAAAAGACAGAAAGGAGUCUUUCAGAGACUCAGCGAAGCCUUGUUAAGAAAAACCAUGAAAUGCAACUUACCCAAGAGAAAAUCACACUUUUGAAUGAAAAAAUUGAUAAUUUUUCAAGACAAAAUCUUGUACAGCAAGAGGAGAUCUGUACUUUGAGAGAAAACAUUGCACAACUUGCUAAAGAGAAGGCAACUUUGCAAGACUGUGUAGAAGAAGGAAGAGAGAAGAUUGCUGCUUCAGAGGAAAACCUAUCAGUUAAAGAGAAAAUGAUUUCAGAUUUCAAGAUUCUGAUUUCUGAGUUGAUGCAUUCCUCAAAAAAAUCUACUGAAGCACUCUCUAUUUGUGAGAAAGAAAACACCAGUUUGCAACAACGGCUACAAGAAACCAAUGAAGAACUUGCACAGACUAACAACAACAGAGACUUAUUAGUUCAGCAGAACGUCAGGUUACAAGAAUGUCUUUCUGAUAUUAAGCAAGAAAAUCAGACACUAUAUAAAAAACUAGCAAAGUACCAAAGUGAGCUUGACGAUUUGAAGUUGCAAGCCCAGGAUUCCAAUGCAGAUAUUGUCAGGCUGAAGGAUGCACUGAAGUCUAAAGAGAGAGAGAACUGUGAACUUUCGAAGAAUUACCACAAAGCCUGUGAAGAAGGAGGAAGUUGGGAAGCAAAAUGUCAUCAAGCAGAAGCAGAUUGUAGCUCUGUUAGAUUGGCACUGAUCAGCAUGGAGUCUGAGAACUGCAGGCUGAAGGAAAAAAUGGAGUCCCUUGAAACAGCGAUGGAGCAACAUUUAACAACAGAAGCAUCAUACAAGUCUCAGAUUUCUGCCUGAAGCAAGUCUCUAGUGAAAACGGAAGCAGAGCUUCUAAACAUACAUUGUGAGAGAGUCUCUAUACUUACAAAUCUCACAUCUACAUAAGAACUUUGCAUUAAAGUAGACACAGUCAAAGACCAAUUAAAUGAGCAGUUAACUUCUACAGCAGAGAUGAUAGAAAGGCUGCAGUGCAAGUGUAAGUCAGUUCAUUCUGAAGUCGAGCUGCUGAGAAAACAACUGGAAAAUGAAAGAGCAUCUGUGAAAAACCUGGAAUCUUUGCUUGUGUCCAGUCACGAGAAAGAAUUUCAGUCACAGAUAGCAAACCAAGAAAAAGACUCUGAAAUUCAGUUUCUCAAGGAACAGCUUGCUGUAGCAGAAAAUGAACUUGCUGUGCAUCGUCGAGAUUUUACUCAGCUCAGAAACAGAGCAGUUCAACUGGAGUCGGAACUGGAGAUCGCCAAAAGGCAGCUGGGGACUGAGCGCUGUGAAAGGGAACAUGCUGUGAGGGAGCUUCGACGCCAGAAUCAUACAGUUUCAUAUCAGUUAAGCUCCACAUUAAGAACAUCAUCACCUGAACAUUGCUGUCGUCAAUCUCCUGAUUGGUCUCUGGGCUGGUCCCUGGAAGAGAAUUCUUUCAAGGACUUCUAAAGUUAUAUUCACAAUGGCUUGUGAAGAUUCUGUACGCCAUCUGGAGAGUUAAAGUUGA